AUGACCAGCACAAGUGGCAGCAGCACGAGCAGCGUCACUGUGACCAGCCUGUCGAUUAGCAACACAAGUGGCACCAGUACCAGCAGGACUCUGACCAGCAGCACUGAGAGCAGCAGCAUCAGCAGCACAACAAGCACCUCAAGCGGCUCGUCCUCAGUGACUGGCUCGACAAAGAUUGCUUCCGAUACGAUCCAGAACAAUCUUUCGAACAGUGAAGUACCACUUCAGCUAAGCGGAUCGAUUUUGGCUUCGUUUUCAGCUCCAGGCGCAUUUGGGAACGACCCGCUGGCUGCGGAGAAGGUCUUGAAUUCGUUUCGUCUCACUAUUUCUCAGGUCGUGAGCAUACCAGCGAGCUACAUUUCCGUUUGGUACCUAAAGUCCCGGAGGGUCAGGGCCGCCACGCGACAGCUCAUUGGGGAUACCUUCGAGGUGGAAUUCAACAUCAGCGUGCCUUCAGAUAGCGCUGCUGAUGUUCCAGAUGUUGUCGAUGCGGAGGCAUCCCUAACAUAUGUGAGUAUCAUAUAA